AGCAAGCACAUUACACUUUGAUCGUCGUUUCCAUGGGGUGACACCUCAAUUUGCGGAUUUGGUCAAAGCAGUGAGCGGAAUAUCUGGUGCCAUUGGUGGAUUGAUGGGGUACAUUGUACCUCAUGCAAAAAAACUAGGUGCAUUAAAUGCUUUACCAAUAAGAGGUGGACUUUGGAAACUUAGAAAGCAUUCUCGGGGAAGAAGUGCAGCUAAUGAAGUGUUCAGUGGUGUAAUUAACGACCUGGUUGAAGUAGCUGGUGAUAUGGGUGGGGUCUCAGGUAUCAUGGGAGCUAUGAUGGGAAAUGUUAUCGGUAAUGUUGGAAAUCUGCAUGCAAAUGCGCUUAUCCCACCAAGUACAAUGCUGGCAUCAAAGGAAAUGGCGGAAAUAAACAAAGGAACAAACAUUGUGGAUGAAAUUCAGAAAAUGUCAAAACAACUUUUGAAUGCAAUGCCAAGUGCAGCAAAAAGGAAUCCAGACAAAGAAAUGGAAUUGUGCAUGAAAUAUAUAACUUAUGGUGUUGGACAGCUAGGUAUGAUGGAUCAUUAUGGUGGAGUAAUGCCAGAGAGUCUAACGUUCAAACCACUAUAUGGAACACAAG